AUGACCAACACUUUGAUCCUAGACAAUGGAGCCUCGACCAUCAAAGCUGGAUAUGCAAACAAGUCUGAUCCACCGUUUAUUGCUCCCAACUGCAUCAUGAAGGGCAAAGCAGAUAGGACGACAUAUGUGGCUGAUCAGAUCUCGGAAUGCAAGAAUUUUGCUGGAUUACUGUUUCGAGUCCCAUUCGAAAAGGGAUACGUGACUGAAUGGAAUGUAGAAAAGGAUGUAUGGGAUCGUGUCUUCUCAACUCAUGUUUUGGGUUGCAAUCCGGCAACAACAGAUCUUGUGAUCACAGAACCACCAUUCAAUCUGCCAAGUCUCGCUGACGCGUACGAUGAAAUGAUUUUUGAAGAAUAUGGGUUUCAUGGACGCGCUCGUUUGACGGCUGCUGAACUGUCGAUUUGGAAUGACCUGUCUACAUUGUUGCCAUCUGGAACCAAACAUCCUCCGCCAAUACCGGAAUGUGCACUCGUGGUCGAUACUGGAUAUUCAUUUACGCAUGUGAUUCCUUUACUUAAUGGACGUCCAAUACCUGAAGGAGUCAAGAGGAUCAACAUUGGUGGGAAACUCUUGACCAACCAUUUGAAAGAACUUGUCUCAUUUCGACAAUGGAACAUGAUGGAUGAGACCUAUGUCAUCAAUGAAGUCAAGGAGAUGUGUUGCUUUGUAUCGACGGACUUUAAUGCAGAUCUAAGGCGUGCUCAACUACCGCCAGACCAGAAUCCCUUCACAAUGGAAUACCUACUUCCUGAUUUUGUGCAAAACAUGAAGGGAACGAUACGAACCAAAGGAACAGAUGUACCCAUAUCAGAAGACGAUCAAGUGCUGAUCAUGAACUCUGAACGGUUUUGUGUUCCAGAACUGCUAUUCAGACCUAGUGAUAUUGGCAUAGAACAAGCAGGAAUAUGUGAAGUUAUUGCUCAUGUCAUUGAAAAUCAACCAGCAGACCUGCAAGCUGCAUUCUAUGCCAAUAUUUUGAUAAUAGGUGGUAGUUCCUCCAUGCAAGGAUUCAAAGAACGAGUUGAGAAAGAUUUGAGAUCCAUGGCGCCAUCGCAUUGCCGAGUACGCGUAGCUGUACCAGAAGAUCCAGUGUCAUUUGCUUACAAGGGAGGUGUUCGUCUGGCUCGUGAGUACCCUGAAGUCCUACAGUCACGGAUGACGACACGAAGCGAGUAUUUCGAGCGUGGUAAUCAACGAUAA